AUGAGCUCCUCGGCCCAGCACAAGCCGUUGUACCGGCUGCUGGUGAGCAGCAUGCUCCCCAUCGUGGCAGUGCCCCUCAUGCUCAAGGCGGCGGAGAUCCGGCCCGUGCACGUGUUCCUGGCCGCGUUCGUCCCGGCCGCGGUGGCCGCCGUCUACCUCAGCCUCCGGCCGCGCGCCGUGUACAUGGUGGACUACGCGUGCUUCCGCCCCAGCCCUGGCCUCCGCGUCCCGUUCGCCGCGUUCCAGGAGCACGCCAGCACGUGCGUCGACGAGCGCAGCCUCCGGUUCAUGGUGCGGCUGCUCGAGCGCUCCGGUCUUGGGGAGGAGACCUGCCUCCCCGAUGCGCAGCACUACAUCCCGCCGGAACGCGAUCUCGAGUCCUCCCGCGACGAGGCCGAGCUCGUCGUCUUCUCCGCCAUCGACGACCUGCUCGCCAAGACCAAUGUCUCCGGGGAGGACAUCGACAUCCUCGUCGUCAACUGCAGCCUCUUCGCCCCGACGCCGUCUUUCGCCGACAUGGUCGUCAGCCGGUACAAGCUCCGCGAGGACGUGCGCAGCGUGCACCUUGCCGGGAUGGGCUGCAGCGCGGGGCUCAUCUCCGUGGAGCUCGCCAGGAACCUGCUCCAGGUCACGCCUGGGGGCUCCAACGCGCUGGUGGUGUCCACGGAGACCAUCACGCCCAACUACUACAUGGGCAAGGAGCGCGCCAUGCUCCUGCCCAACUGCCUGUUCCGCAUUGGCGGCGCCGCCGUGCUCCUGUCCACCAACAGCCGCAAUGCUCGGUUCCGGCUCGCGCGCGUCGUGCGGACGCUGACCGGCGCCAAGGACGGCGCGUACCGCUGCGUGUACCAGGAGGAGGACGACCGCGGCAACGUCGGGGUCAACCUGUCCAAGGACCUGAUAGUCACCGCCGGCGACGCGCUCAGGGCGAACAUCACGGCCAUAGGGCCCCUGGUCCUGCCGGCGUCGGAGCAGCUGCUGUUCGCGCUGUCCUACGUGGCGCGCAAGGUGGUCGGCAGCAGCAGGAUCAGGCCGUACAUCCCCGACUUCCGCACAGCGUUCGAGCACUUCUGCAUCCACGCGGGCGGGCGCGCGGUGAUCGACGAGCUCCAGCGCAGCCUGAGGCUGUCGGACGAGCAGGUGGAGGCGUCGAGAAUGACGCUGCACCGUUUCGGCAACACGUCGAGCAGCUCAGUGUGGUACGAGCUUGCCUACAUCGAAGCCAAGGGACGGAUGCGCAAGGGCGACCGCGUGUGGAUGAUCGGCUUCGGCUCCGGGUUCAAGUGCAACAGCGCCGCCUGGGAGUGCAUUCGCCCGCCGGCGGCUCUCGACGGGCCAUGGGCCUCCUGCGUCCACCGGUACCCCGUCGACGUCCCCGACGUGCUCAAGCAUUAGUCAGGCCGCACGUACACAACCCGGCCGGCUCGUCUCUUGCAUGCGCAUUCGAUCGUACACACACACAGUUCCACUCGUACACGAAACAAAUCCACGUAAACAUGGCCAGUCACUCGCACAUACUACUAGGCGCUAUAGUUAGCUACAAGUAUUACAAGUAUGCUUGCCCGAUCCGCUCACUAAAGUCUUUAUCCCCCAAUAUUUUCCGUGAGCAUGUAGCCCACAUAGGAAUAGGAUUAUUGGAAGCUUCUGCAUCCUGGAAUUGUGGGACCACUAAUAGUCUAAUAUGAACCACCUCUCAUAA